AUGGAUGGGGGUAGCUCAACAAGACAAGGAAGAAAGAGAGCCCACAUUGAUAGGGGUCAUGUAGAAGGACACCAACGUUUAUUUGAUGAAUACUUUUCUGAUGAACCAGUGUAUACAGAAUAUCAAUUUCGAAGAAGAUUUAGAAUGCGUAGACACGUAUUCCUACGCAUAGUGCAAGCUCUAGAAAAUCAUUCGGAGUAUUUCUAUAUGAGGUUUAAUGCAGUCGGUAGAAGGGGGCUUUCGCCAUUACAGAAAUGCACCGCUGCUAUGCGAAUGUUGGCAUAUGGAGCACCUGCCGAUUAUGUUGAUGAGUAUGUUCGAAUUAGUGAAACCACUGCUAUUGAAUGUCUAGUCAAUUUCGUUUGGGGAGUGAAUGAUAUUUUUGGGACCGAAUAUUUAAGAAGGCCCAAUGCUGGGGACAUUCGUCACUUACUUCAAAUGGGGGAGAUGGUGUCUAUCCAGAGUGGGGUACAUUUGUUAAAACUAUCCCACUGCCUCAAGGAGAGAAAAGAAAAUUAUUUGCUCGAUGCCAAGAAGCAGUACACAAAGAUGUUGAGCGAGCAUUCAGAGUACUUCAAUCUCGUUUUCCUAUUGUACGAGGACCAACAUGUGUUUUGGCAAAGAGAUGUUCUCAAAGAUAUUAUGUAUGCAUGCAUCAUAUUGCACAACAUUAUUGUCGAUGAUGAAAUAAAUGCAUAUAAGAGUUUGUUUGAUUUUAAUUAUGAUGACGACUCCGCCGACACCCUAAUGGUUGAAGUAUUGCAUAAACCUAUUUCUGACUUCCCGACAAUGCUUCAAAGAAAUGCUUAA